GGGCGCUCUUUCAUCACGCGUCGUUAAUGACGUGUUCAAAUUUCCGGAGGCAGACUACAUUAUUUCAUAAGAAUACCAAUCGUAUGUACCCAGUUAUCUCUUCGAUAUCGGGGUUUGAUUUCUAAGCAGAUGGCCUCUUCAAAUAUUGGAACAGCUUAGCUUUAAAGGACCUCCAGCCAUCAUGAGCGGAAACGUCUUGUUUGCCAUGAUCACUCGUCUCCGGGAUGGUCUGCCGUUGUCAGCGACCACGGACCAUGACCCAAGUCAGAGGGUUUUAGAGAGCAAGAAAUACGCCAAGAUUAUCUCCAAGAAAGCCUCUCAAUUCCCAGACAGAUGCUCCAUGUUCACGGGUAGCCAUUGGUUAUAUUUUAUUUCAUCUCUGGGUGUUUGCUUCAUCACGAUGUGUGAGGAGAGCUACUCUAGCGUUCUAGCAUUCUGCUUCCUUGAUGAGCUACAGAGGGAGUUUAUCUCACUCUACGACAAUAAAAGGGUGGAUAACGCCGUCAGACCUUAUGCUCUCAUUGAUUUUGAUCGCAUCAUACAAAAGACAAAACAGAGAUACAACAAUCCGAUGACCCUCAAUGCUAGACAGAAAUAUUCUGACAUGACCUUAGAGGUCAAACUCCGUCCGCCGUACAGAAUCAGCAUCGAUGAUCUUGAACCUACAGGGAGAAGAAACGUCAAUGGAAUCAGCACUCAUCAUAUUCCAACUUGGCAAGCUGUAAAUUUGAGUGAUACUGAGGAUAUACCUAAACCAACAAAUUUCCGGAGACCAUUUUCCAGACUCGACUGGAUGGCUAAACUACUUGUCUUCCUCUCCGUACUGUGCGGGACUUUAAAUCUUGCCAGGAUAAUGGCUGUUUUAACAUUUGGCACUUCACCAUACGAACCAGACGAAAAGGUUAUUGUGGCCCAAGCCAUGGCUCUACUCAUCAUAGCUGCUCUACUUAGCUACUACCAAUCUUUUAAACUCUGGACGUCGCUAGGUCAGAGAUCAUUACGCCAGCUUCUGGCCUGCGUAUUAGUCAUUGUGUGCAAUUACUCCCUCUACAAACUCUACUGGCGAUUCCUUUUAACAGCUGGUUUCCAUUCGCUAGUAGCUGUACUGGUGGCCUGGAAAAUGAGAGCGGGAUCGGGAGAUUUUAAGUUGCCCAACUACACGGUUUAGCUCUCCAUUUGCCGUAGAUCGUCAUCCUGGAAUUGCUAUAUUCUUUAGAGUAUAUUAUAGAUGUACACCGUCCAUGUGCUAAUAGUUGUCUAAUGCAGUCCAAAGUUAGCUCCAUUGGAAUGGAAUGGUGGUGGUUAUUGGCGACCAAAGCUGGGAAAGAAAUAGUAUUAGACAUUACAGUUCUCUAGUUUAAUAUUUUAUAAGAAAGACUACUUAGUUUGUAAUUGUGAGCAGAAUAUCACAGAGAUAAAGGAAUUAAUUAUUGAUAGAGAUGGAAAGACAGCACUGAAAAAGAAAGAGGCACUAUGAGACAGAAUUAGUAUAUUUAUAAAUAGGGAAUACGGAGAGAGAGAGAGACAUUAAGGGAGAGAAAAGGGAUAUGAAAAGGAGAGAAGGAGUGAAAUGGCAAGGGAGUAUAUUUCAUUCGUGACUCUUUUGUGUGUGUUAGAGAAAGACAGAGAGACAGACAGGGGGAGGGAGAUAUAUAGAGAGAGAGAGAGAGAGAGAGAGAGAGAGAGAAAGAGAGAGAACAAUUGAAAAAAAUGAAAAUAAAAUGUUAUGAAAGAGAAGUAGUUUGAAAGAAAAUACUAAAAAACAUCUCACUUCGCCAAUAUUUGACAUACAAGUAGUAUCUGUAUAGAAGUAUUGUUUAUUGAUUUGUAAUAUAGGUUUCAAACGCAAUUGUACCCUGUUUGCAGCUGCUUAUUUCAUUUGAAAAUCAAGUGAAUGUCAGCAAAAGAAAACAAAUGAGUAAGAAAGAGAGAGAAAGAUCAUUUUGAUGAUCUCUUUUUAAGCAUUUCAUUUGUGUUAUGUUUUGCCUUUAAAUGUUUACUGCAUACUAUAAUAAGAGAGAAGUGUUUGUAUAUUAUUAUACAAACACUCACACUUUUCAAGUCUUACCCAUAUUUGUGUUUCUAUGCCAUAAGAUAUCAUGAAUAUGCAUACCUAUUAUAUGCUUGGUAACUUUGACAAAAGUGAAGGUAUUUCUUGAUUCUAUGAGUCUUGAGCCUGCUAUAUACACAAUUUUACUAGUCCAUCGAAGCUAUAUUAUAUAUUUAUUGCCAGAAUUAAUGUUGCAGCAGGUGUACUACUGAGUUUAUUGGGCACUGGUCAGUAUUAAUACUUUCAUUUAAUAUAUCUGUUUUUAUUAAAGCCCCACUGCACUAGUUUGGCCAGGAGGGAUUAGACCUCCCUGUUUGGUCACUGACAUGUGGUUAUCUCAUCAAAAUAAUCAGCUCUCAAUUAUAAGGAAAAUGGGAUCAUGGGGGAUCAAUGGUCACCGAUUAGGCAUUGUUUGCUAUAUAGAGGUCGCAAGUAGCUAUUAAUAGUGCAGUGAGGCUUUAAUACUUGAUUAAUACUUGGUUUUCACUUACCGGUACUUUCCCAUUCAAUGAAAAGAAUGGAUGUGUUGUUAACUUGUUAUAAAUUAUUUAUCAUUUUAAUCAAGACCAAAUUAAUGUUUUACAAAUAUGUGUUAUACCUGUUCCCUGUAAGCAUGACAUUUGCAAAUGAUGAUACCUCGUGAUUGAUAAUGCUGUAACUUAUUGAAAUGCACGUUAUGUCCCCCCCCCCCCUUUUUAAAAAAAAUAAUAUAUGAAUGAUUCAUAAUAUACUUAUGAAGUAUACUUCUGAAUCAUAUAUAUUGAAGGCUAUCGUGGUGCUUUUAGUUUAUUGUAUAUAAGUACUUUUAGACUUUUGCUGAAAAGAAAUAGCAUGUUACUAUUAGGAAUAAAAUCCUUUAAAUCAGGGCUCCACACUAACAGGUGUGAAAAGGAGUCGGGAUAUAACUUUUUAGAGUCUAUAUGCAUGUACCAAAUAUAAACAUUUGACAUUGUUAGGGCCCAGACCUAGAUGUUGGGUGCCCAUGUGUCCCGGGCUUCUGUUGAUGUUGAGCCCUGUUUAAAUGAAGGAGCAUUUGAUUGAGUAAUGAGGGCCUUCUCAGUGUCAAGGAUUUUGAAAACACUUUAAAAAGCAAAUUGAAGUUUUUGCUAAACCAUAUUUGUCAACCAUUCAUAAUAUCCUUUUUAGGAGAAAUGAUUCUUAGUUUGUGUCCUUUACAAUAAUGUAUAACUUCUGUGUAAAAAAAAGUAUACAAAAUAGAUCUUAUUCCUAAUAUGUUAUGUGUAAUGGUGGUAGGUGGCCCAAGUAAUUUGUAAACAUAUUAUAUAAGGUGAAAUGAAAGAAUCCACAGAUACAUAACAUUGGUCACAAGUAAAAUUACUUAAAUUCCAAGAUAAUAAAUUGAUACUGUUAUUUCUUGAAAUAUCAUUGCAACUUAUAUCAGGCAUUUAGGCAUAAUUUAUGUUGCCUACAAUUUACUGUAAAGAGCGUUAAGGUGUCUUAGUCGAGUGGUUUAAACACUUGACUAAAGUUGUGAAGGUCAUGGGUUCAAGCCCUGGUACCAGUGUCCUUUGGCAAGCCUUGAUCUUAAUCUGCCACUCUCCACCCGGGUGUUAAAUACUGGUAGGAAUUCAUUCCUUGAAUGUUGUGUGCAUCAAAAUCGGUAUCCUAGUUAGAGCCGAGGUAAUAUUUGAGCGCCUAGAGUACCUCAAGCCUUGAUAUCCAAUAUCUCUCUCUUUCCUAAACAUGAGCAUAAUUAUAUUAAUAGAUUGAUGCCAGUAGGAAAUAAGAUUUCAAAGAUUACAUGAAACAAAUACUGUGUAGAUGUUCUUCUAUUAUGAAAUAAUUUUAUCUUUUGAUAUAAUAAAGGCUGAAAAUGCAACUCAA